AUGUCGACGUACCCACUCAGCAAAUACCAGGGUCAAUCAUGCGACUCCCGAUCGACUAGUACAAUCGUUCUUGUCAUCGAUCUUGAGCUGUUCUGCCCUGACUUUAAGAAAGUAGACGCAAUAUCUCCAGUGUUAUCUAAAUAUAUAACAAAGGUCAUUGACGUAGCCCCGAUGCUCGAUCAUAGACGCCCAUGGUAUCGGGACGACUUUACCACUUUCUUUUCCGAGACCAUCCAAAAGGCGAUAUUGAAGCCGUUACUCUUGCUGAGAGAAAUUGCUAGCGUCGAAUUUCGGGGCCCUUUCAUGCCGAAUAUUGCGGUCAAGCUUGGGAACAGCAUGAUAUCCGACGAGCAUGAAGAUCUUGACCACAGCUUUCAUCUUAUAACGUGGAUCAAGGAACUUGGAGUCAAGUCGUAUUAUGAAGGCAAUAUGAAGAGUGCAAUCUCAAUUUGGGGAGUCGCACUGAUCAGGUUGCUGUGCAUGCGUGAGAGUAAAGCCUGGACAAAGCUUAUGGAAAUGUAUGGAGAAACUCCGAUUAACAGGUUCGUGACGCUGCAAUGCUCAUUCAGUCUCAACUUGACACAGGCCGAGAUAGUUGGGUGGCGCGAAGCCUCAUGGAGUGCCACAAGGGAGACUGGCCUGGAUGUGGUCCGCAUGUGCCGCCACCAAGGAUACUGGAAGUAUGGCUACACCUGGACCUUACCUAACGUUCUGGCUGCGAAGUACUUUUACCGGACGGCUUUGUGCAUUAGACUCUGGAGACAAAUCUCGGAGACUGUUGUCGCUUUGGAAUCCAUCAGCCAAGCUCAGACGCUUGCACCUUACGAUCCCGCCAUACCGAAGGAGCAACGUAACAUCAAGAGGUGGGCAGGCAUGUUUUGA